ACGGCGCAGCGGCGUUGGUGUCUCUUCUCGCGGCGGGGGAAGGAACCCUCGGAGACAGGGAUGGAGCCGGCCAGGCGGGUCGCGGCGCCGCCACUGCUGCUGUGGGCCACGGCGGCGUUGUUGUUGUUGUUGUUGUUAUCGGCUCCAGGCCUUGCCGCUGCUGAUGAAGAAGGAACUCAAGAGGAGCCCUUUGAAUCAAAGACAACCUUGCCUUCUGAGGAACAGGUGAAAGACCAUUCAACUGGAACCCAUGUGGUAGCAGGUCAGAUCUUCAUUGAUUCUGAUGAACCCGAGUCUCACAUUGAGGAUGGAGAGAAUUUCAGAAGCCAAGAGGAAGAAAAGGAAAGAACUUUGGAGGAGCUAAAUUCUCUAGAACUGUCAUCCCUAUUAAAUAAGGAUUUGGAAGAGGUAGAAGCACAAAAAGCAGUUUUGACAGCCAUUGGAGGAACUGCAGAUGGUGAGCCAUGCUACUUCCCCUUUCUUUUUCUGGAGAAGGAAUACUCAGAAUGUACUGCAGAUGGAAGGGAAGACGGUAGACUCUGGUGUGCAACAACCUACGACUACAAGGCUGAUCAAAAGUGGGGCUUCUGUGAAACUGAAGAAGAGUCUAAUAGGAGAAGACAAAUGCAAGAGGCAGAGGAUGUUUACCAGACUGGAAUGAAAAUCCUUAAUGAAAGCAGUAAAAAGGCCCAGAAGAAAGAAGCCUAUCAGUAUCUUAUGAGGGCGGCUGACAUGAAUCAUACAAAAGCAAUGGAAAAAGUGUCUUACGCCAUGUUGUUUGGGGACUACUUGAAGCAAAACGUUCGGUCAGCUAAAGAACUCUUUGAGAAACUGACUGAAGAAGGGUCUCCUAAGGGGCAAACGGCUCUUGGAUUUCUCUAUGCCUCUGGCCUUGGUGUUGAUUCCAGCCAAGCAAAGGCACUAGUUUAUUACACUUUUGGUGCCCUUGGAGGAAAUUUGAUAGCACAUAUGAUUCUGGGCUACCGGUACUGGGCUGGGAUAGGAGUCCUUCAGAGUUGUGAAUCUGCUCUCACACAUUACCGUCUAGUAGCCAAUCAUGAUUUGUUGCCUAUUUCUAACACACAAGUGGCUAGUGACAUCUCUCUAACAGGAGGCACAGUGGUGCAGAGAAUUCGUCUUCCAGAUGAAGUAGAAAAUCCAGGAAUGGCAAGUGGGAUGCUAGAGGAAGAUUUAAUACAAUAUUACCAAUUCCUAGCUGAAAAAGGAGACGUUCAAGCACAGGUUGGACUUGGGCAGUUGCAUCUGCAUGGUGGAAGAGGCGUAGAACAAAAUCAUCAGCGAGCGUUUGAAUACUUCAAUCAAGCAGCUACUGCUGGUAACUCCCAUGCUAUGGCAUUUCUGGGAAAGAUGUAUUCAGAAGGAAGUGAUAUUGUACCUCAAAGCAAUGAGACAGCUCUUCAGUACUUCAAGAAAGCUGCUGAUAUGGGCAAUCCAGUAGGGCAGAGUGGCCUAGGGAUGGCUUAUCUGUAUGGAAGAGGCGUUCCAGUGAAUUAUGAGCUAGCCUUGAAGUAUUUCCAGAAGGCAGCAGAACAGGGAUGGGUUGAUGGGCAGCUUCAGCUGGGCUCCAUGUAUUACAAUGGAAUUGGAGUCCAAAGAGACUAUAAGCAAGCCUAUAAGUAUUUUAACUUGGCUUCUCAAGGAGGGCAUAUUCUCGCCUUCUAUAACUUGGCACAAAUGCAUGCCACUGGCACUGGUGUCAUGCGCUCCUGUCAUACUGCUGUGGAGCUGUUUAAGAACGUAUGUGAGCGAGGCCGUUGGUCUGAGAAGCUUAUGACUGCCUACAACAGCUAUAAAGAUGGUGAUACGAAUUCUGCUGUUGUUCAAUAUCUGCUGUUGGCGGAACAAGGCUAUGAGGUUGCACAAAGCAAUGCUGCCUUCAUUCUUGAUCAAAAAGAAGCCAGCAUAAUAGAAGAGAAUGAGACUUAUCCCAGAGCCUUACUGCACUGGAAUAGAGCAGCCUCCCAAGGUUACACUGUUGCUCGACUAAAACUUGGCGAUUACCAUUUCUAUGGCUUUGGAACUGAAGUUGAUUACGAAACAGCAUUUAUUCACUACCGCCUGGCAACGGAGCAGCAGCACAGUGCCCAAGCUAUGUUCAACCUGGGCUAUAUGCAUGAGAAAGGACUUGGUAUCAAGCAGGAUAUUCACCUCGCAAAACGCUUCUAUGACAUGGCAGCAGAUGCCAGUCCAGAUGCUCAAGUUCCAGUCUUCCUUGCGCUCUGCAAACUAGGAAUCAUUUAUGCCUUCCAGUAUGUACAGGAAACCAAUAUCAAAGAAGUGUUCUCACACCUUGACAUGGACCAGCUCUUGGGACCUGAGUGGGACCUUUACCUCAUGACCAUCAUUGCUUUACUCUUGGGCACAGUCAUUGCUUACAGGCAGAGGCAGCACCAGGCAAUUCCCAGGCCGGCAGGGCCACGGCCAGCUGUGCCUCUCCAGGAUCCUCCCCCAGAGCAUCAGCCACCGCAAUAGCAGGAGCCUCAGCGAAGUGAACUGGAUUUUCCAGCCGGGACUGUUUUGCGUGGUUUUAGGACACCCCAUGAAUGGGCCACAUCUGCAAGGGAGGUGUAAAAGAGUGUUGCGUUCCGAAAGUCGCUUAGGACUCUUACCUUUCUUUUUUCAGGGAUAUGUAUGUUUCCUCAAUGCGGGGUUGAAUGUUAUUACAGUGCCAGUGGAAUAACGAAACAGCUUUUGUGAAACACGAGUGUGUUACUUCAGAAGUGAUGCCUGCUGUACCAGAUUGUUCAGUGCCCUUUUUCAGUUGUGUCUCAAUAGUUCAGGUGAUGAUUGUGGUGGAGGUUGGCCUACACAGAAAGGAAACUUAUAGUCGAGUCUUUGUUCAAGAAAGUCAAGCCUCUGCUUUUCUUCUAAGUAAAAAAAAAAAAAGGCCAUGUGAGUAUGUUUGCAAUUGUGAUAAACUUGAUUUAUUUUUCCGGUUCUCCUCCCAAUUCUUUCGACACCAUCUUAAUCCCUUAAUAGUAUUUACCACCCUUGAGUGUCUGUGGGUGCUUUCAUUUGGAUAUAUCAUUCCAUAAGAAGCAGAUAAAAAGACUAUCAGUAAAUAUGAAUAUACUUA